UAAUAAAGAAGGCAAAGCAAUAAUAAAAAGGGCCUCUUUUCCAUCUCCAAGGGGAAGGAGUUCUCUAUCUUCCAUGGACCCUGGCAACUGAGCUCUCUCUCUCCCUCCCUCCCUCUCUCUCCGUCUUCUUCUGGCCUGAGGCCCUGAAGGUGCUGUUGUGGAUUUAGCUUGUUAGAUUUCAAACGUAUUAGGGUUUGAGAGCUCUGUGUUCCAUGCUACCGCUUCUUCACCUCAUUUUUGUUGAAGUUGGCAUGGUUUUGCGUCUGUGAUGCCGGAUUCAUGAAGAGAAGGGAAAUCAGUUGCAGAAUUUCAAGCCUUUUCUGCACUUGAGGUGGAUCUUUAAACAGGACGUUUUUUUUAGGCAGAAAUCAUCAAAGAUUGCCCUUUAUUUUUGGUUCAUCUUGAAAGGGGCUGAUUUGGUGCUUCAGCAAAUGCUCGUUCUGAUUGAAAGAACAGGAUUUGGUUCUGACUGUUUCAUUUUUGUUUGGGAAAAGGAGCUAAAAACUUGGUUGCUGUUGCAAAAAUGGAGGAUGAAAGCAAGACCCUAAUGGUCGAUGAGAAGGAGCCGAUGCAUUUGGUGAAAGAUUGCCAACCAGAGGAUGCCUUCUUCUCGGAGAUGGAAAUGGAUCACGCCAUGGAGGGUGACAAGGGCGAGGGAAGCGAUGCGAUUUUCUCAAGGGAGGCUCCUCUGGUCUGCAAAGGCCAUAUCCGAGGCACUAGUAUUGGCAGAUCUAGAGCCUCUGAAUUGAUGGAGGAAUCUGAGGUUCGAAAGAAGGAUAAAAAUAAGCAAGAAAAGAAACUCAGCAGGCAGGAUAGAAUUGAGCUUGGUCGUAUGUUUCAGGGAGCAGUGAGUUCUCAGGAUUUAAAGCUCGCUGAGGACCUGAUUCUGGUGGCAGAUCCACAAACUCUAAAUGAUAUGUUGUGUAUAGCUUUAGACUCCAUAUGGUUCUUGACCACUAGGCAAGAAUUGAGUGGCAUUACAGGUCUGAUUAAGAAAAUUGUCGAGAAUGGAGCAAAUGACUUCACAAGGGCAGCCCUCCGAACAUCGUUUCUUGCUUCGUGUGUUUCUGCAUGUCAGAGUAGAACAAUGAGUUUGUCUGAUACAGUCGGUAUUAUGGCCCAAAGGUUGCAUGAACGACUUCAAGAAUGUCAUGGUGAUGAGGUUCUGAAAGCAGAAGCCAGUGUGAAGGUCCAAAAGUUCACAGAAUGGGCCUUGAAGUGCAUAGGAAUCCACUCUCGGUGCCAGGAGAACAAGGGUAGAAGGAACCACAGCACAAUUCUGGAACUCCAACUCCAAUUGUCAGCAUUUAGGACCUUUUUAGAUCUUGCUGGCAACAGCCUCACUGGAAAGGAUUUUACAGAAGCUUUUGAUGCUGCAUGUUUCCCUCUGACUCUCUUCUCUAGCUCCUUUGACUCUGGUUGGGCAUCUGGAAUUUCGGCAACUGUCAUACAGGGAUUACUAGGAAUGCUCGUUGAGGGUGGCGCAGAUAAUGUAAACCAAUGCUUUCUUGAAGCAUCGAGAUUUGGAAGUACAGAGCUUGUAAGAAUUUUGCUGCAGAUUGCUCAAAGGAACAGCUUGGAUGUGGAUGUCGAUCUUGCCUUAGGCUUUGCAUCGCAUUACUGCAAAAUUGGAACCAUGGAGUGCUUGGUCGAAGAAGGGAAUGCCGGAGCCUUCCUGGGUCCGCUCAUGCGAGCUGCUGAGCGUGGUUGCAUGCAAGUAGUUCAAUGGUUUGUCGAACGUGGAUGUAGGGACAUGGAGCUGUGCCUUGCUCUUACUGCCGCCGCUUCUUGCUGCCAUGUCGGCAUUGCAGCGUACCUUCUCCCACACAUCCCUCAGCACGUCCUCGCAGCCCUUAGCAUCGAGAUCCUCAAAGCAGCGGGCGAGAGAAGCAGCGGGUCUCUAGACGGUGUUGCAUUCCUUCUCCGUAUUGAUUUCCUCAGUGAUCCUGCAGCAACAUAUGCCGUAGCCGACAGCAUUGCUAGGUCUUCCGAUGAGGCUGUAUCCCCCGACUUGCGAGCAUUUUUGAAGGAACAUUGGUCGGAGGCAGCUUUCACCGAGGGCCUGAAAUAUGGCGAGAACCACUUUGUAAAUUGCGUGAGGAUUCUUCGAAGGGGUUCCUCGCCCAUUUGCCUCAGGGAUCUGCCUCCGCCCCUGGUCACUGCUAUAGCAUACCUACCUCUGUACCGAGAGUGUCAGAGGGCGGCGGGUGGCUGUUUGUUGCCGCAGAAACUGAGAGGGCAGCUUUUGGAGGCAGCUAGCAGGGUCGGCGGGAGACCAGUGGACAGGAAUAGCCAGGCAAGAGAGCUUCUCACAAUUUUGGAGGAUCACCUUCCUACCUUCUUUCUGUAACUCAGAUCGUCAUAGCUCCCAUCAAUAGGUAAAUUGCAGACAGAACAAGGUACCGAAAGGACGGUAAAUGACUUUGCUCUAGCCCUUCAGCUCUGCUUACUCUGUGCACUUUUUUCCCGUCCGAGUUUUUUUGCAUCUAGAGUUGCAUUGUCGCUGAUGAUGUCCAGAACGUUUUAUGUAGGAAAGUUGCGCGUCAGAGUAAUUUUGGGCAUUGUUAUUUCUACCUUUUUGCAAUACAUACGGGAGCAAUAUAUCACCUGUUUUGUUAAUAA